UUUUUCGUACGAAAAGGAAUGCACUUGAAGAAUGCAUAAUGAAUAACAAGUUUAAACAUUGCCUCCAGAUCGUUGCUAGUAUGUUCCAGACACAGAAAAUAGAUCUUUACUGAACCGCUAAUGAAAAAAGACGUGAAAAAUGCGGAUGAUACUUUCUGAAACUCGGCUGUCAAGUUCAAGUGUGUGCCUCUGAGCGCUAUUUACCGACGUUGUUGGUUAGCAGAAGCGGCCGCAGUCGACCGGUCAUCUCUCCCGAAAGUUGUUGUGCCGUUUGUUGUAGUCCCCCGCGUUCCCAUCCCUGUUAUAUAACAUGUCUGCCUUAGUAAAUAUCAUAAAACUCUUCUGUGAUGUGACGACGAUAGGCCUGUGUGGUUUUAUGAAAAUUCCCCAGAUCCAUACCAUUAUUAAAGCGAAAUCAACUAGGGGUCUGAGCUUGGCCAGCUUGCUACUGGAACUGACGAGUUAUACAAUUAUGCUGAGUUACAACAUAUAUUCAGCAUAUCCCCUCAUUAACUAUUUUGAGUAUCCACUCAUGGUUCUUCAAGAUGUUGUUAUGUUGGCAGUAUUUCUUUCCUUCAAUGGCAUGUUGUCUCCCUCUGUUAUUCUCCCAGCAGCUGCAGCUUCAUACUUUGCUUAUGCAAUUUCCUCAGGAAUGCUUCCUCAUGCAUUAAUAACAACUUUGGUGGGACUUACAACUCCUAUAUCUGCAAGUAGCAAGGUAGUCGCACUUUUAACAAUUCUCAGGUCCAAAAAUUCAUCAACUGUUUCCAUUCCGUCGUGGCUGAUAUCUACAUAUACAUGUGUUACACGAAUUUUCACAAUAUACUUGGAGUCUGCCGACUUCGCCCUUCUGAUGAAUUUUGGCACUUCAUUUGCCCUUAAUUGUUUGAUUGUUACUGCAGCCAUUGCUUACAAACCUAAGAAGAAAAAGGAGUAAGCUGUUACUCUACCAGGAAGACUUGGACAGUCAUAAAUGGGACUGCAAAAAAUGUAGAAUGGCCUUGGUAAACACUGUAGGUAUGAUAGAAACAGUUAUGUUUACUCAAAUUUUAAAUGUUAGAUAGAUAGUGAUUAGGAUUCUGAAGCUUUUAUUAAGGACCUCACUAGUAUGUGUCACUGUCUCUUGAAUUUUGAAUGUACAACACACAAAUUUUACACUUCCAGUGGAGCUUAAAAAGGAUGAAGACACGAUACUAACAGUGAGAGCAGUGAGUAGGAUGGUGUAAUUUUAAGUCUUUUGAAUACUUUUUAAAAUUUUUAUUGAAAUAUUUUUAUAUGUAAUAGUUUGUCUUUGAGUAACUUUUUAUUUUUUACUAAGUGACCAUUUUACUCAAGUAAGACAAGUCAAUUAGCUGUUAUUAAUGACAUUGUAACCUUACGCAGUAAGUAAAAACGAAAGCUGCUAGGCUGUAUUUACAAAACAGUAAGAAAUCUGUAAUACUAUAAUUUAUGACUGGCAAUAAAUACAAGCUUUGAGGAGUUUCCUCUCGCGAUGCAAGCAA